CGUCCACCUCAAGGCGAGCGGCAGAGGCAGCGGCCAAUCGGCGCGCCAUUAGAGGCUUGACAGGAAGCCGUUUAUGGGAGCGCAGCUCUAAUUAGCCUCAUGAACUAACACAUCUGCCCGCACCGAGUCACCGAGGAAAACGAUGGCAUCCAUGGAUUAGUCUGGGGGCGCACGGACACUUUUGCCCGCCUGCCGCAUGCUGCGCGUUUCCUCAACUUCGCCAACUUUGCGCUCUUCGUCAACUCUGGAGUAUUUUCCACGAUAAGUUCCACUUCGAGUGGGUUCACGUGGACUACCGCGCCAUGUUCCAACCCGCACCCAAGAGGUGUUUCACCAUCGAGUCGCUGGUGGCCAAGGAUAAUCCGGUCCCGGCGUCGCGCUCGGAGGAGCCCAUCAGGCCGGCGGCUCUCAGCUACGCCCACUCGGGCCAGAUGAACCCCUUCCUCAACGGCUUCCACUCCAGCGGCAGGGGCGUCUACUCCAACCCGGACUUGGUGUUCGCCGAGACGGUCUCGCAUCCGCCCAACUCGGCGGUGCCGGUGCAUCCGGUGGCCGGGCCGCACGGGCUGGCCGCUCACCCGCUCUCGUCCCCGCACAGUCAGCACCCUCUUUUUGGCGGCCAGCAAAGGGACCCCUCCACCUUCUACCCCUGGUUAUUACACAGAUAUAGAUACUUGGGGCACAGAUUUCAAGGUAACGAAACGAGUCCCGAGAGCUUCCUUUUGCACAACGCGCUGGCCAGAAAACCCAAACGAAUCCGCACGGCUUUCUCCCCCUCGCAACUGCUGCGGCUCGAGCACGCUUUUGAGAAAAACCAUUACGUGGUGGGUGCGGAGAGGAAACAGCUCGCGCACAGCCUUAGCCUCACAGAAACUCAGGUAAAAGUGUGGUUUCAGAACCGGAGGACGAAAUUCAAGAGACAGAAGCUGGAGGAGGAGGGCUCCGAGUCCCAGCAGAAGAAGAAGGGCUCGCAUCACAUCAACCGCUGGAGGCUGGCCACCAAACAGCCCAGUCCGGAGGAAAUCGACGUGACUUCGGACGAUUAAAACCAGACUCAAACGUGCUUCUGAGCGGAGGAGGACGCGAAUACGGGAUACCGUGGACAGACAGAAGGGUCGAAUAACCCAAGGUGACAUUUCACACCUCCGAUGGGCAGCUGAGGGCGACGGAAGGCCGGCUGGUGCUGGUCCACGGCCCAGCCGUCACCCUGCGGGCCCGUCAGUCCAAAAGAACCAGGAACAUGGUACUGAUGACACAAUGUGUCUCACCAUCC